CGUAUUGCAAGUGCUGUGAUAAAUGUAACAAUGAAGUUGGAUCGUAUUCGCUGUCUGGGAGAUGUUUGUUGAAGCUGCGAAAACUGCAUCUGCUGAAUAAUAUUAUAUAUGUGAGCUCCAUUAAAAUUUCAACAAUGACAUCACCUACAUCAUCUGCAGCAGACUCUUGUUCACUUUUUGGUUCACCAUCUCAAGUUGAAACCUUAACAGCCUUUGUGGAUGAAAUUAAAUUAAAUGGAGAUGAAAGCACUUAUUGUAGCUUAUGUAAUGAGAAAUUUGAAUCGCCUAAAGUUCUGCCUUGUCUUCACACAUUUUGUAAAACUUGUCUGGAAAGAAUACAAGAUAAUAUUGAUGGACUCAGAUGUCCAAAAUGCGAACAAGACUGUGUUCUUCCACCUAUGGGUGUGUCAGGCCUUCUUCCAGAUUAUGCUUACAUGAAUGUUCUUGAAUCACAGAGUAUAGAAAAGCCUCCUCAUUCAUGUACAGGCUGUAAAACUAAAGAUGCUCAUGCUGAAGGACAUUGUCUUGAGUGUGACAAUGACUUGUGUAAUAACUGCAUUUUAGCCCAUAAAUAUAUGCUGUGUUUUGAAAAGCAUACUGUUAUUAGCUUCAAAAAUGGAAGUGUGAAUGGCAUGCCUUCAGAUAAAAUACAGCAUUGUUCACGACAUGAAAGAGAAAUUAUAAGAUUUUUUUGCCGUACCUGCAAUGUUCCAAUAUGUAAAGAAUGUACUUCAGAACAUCCCACAGGAUUGCAUGACUAUGGUCAUAUAUCUGAUGUUGGUUCAAGAGAAGUUGAAAUCUUAAAAGAGAAAAUUGAAAAAAGCAAAGCCAAAUUGGCCGAAUUAAAAAGUGCUGGAAAAUCUGUUGAUCAUCUUUCUAAUUGCCUAGACAUGGGUUAUCAUAAGUCAAAAGCUGAGAUUGAAGAAACUUGCAGAUUUAUUAUAUCUGCUGUUGAAGAUCGUAAAGAUGAGCUGAUGAAGGAAUUGGAAGAUCUGUAUAAUACCAAGAAAGUAUCCUUGGUUUUAUUUAGUAGCAAAGUUCAAGAAAUGACUGAAAAUAUGACUUGUGUGUCAUCUUUCACUGAACGCAUCAUGAAAAAUUCUAGUUUGGCACAGAUUUUGUCUUAUAAAGAACUUCUGGAACCCAAGUUGAACAGCAUAAUUUCCUUUAAUCCUAACAUAAAUUUGCAGCCAAUUGAUCUUGAAUUUGUGUCUAACUAUCAAGCAAUUCAGAUGUCUGUUCGAAAUACUUUUGGGUAUAUUCGUAAUAAUUUUGAAGGCACUCCGGCUCCCAAACCCUUGCCUCCUAUUGCCAGACCAAGUAGUGUUAUUAAUUCUGAUUAUUCCUAUCAAAAUGGUCACUCUUUUGAAUCUAAUAUGAUAUCUAAAAAAUUUGGUUCAGCUAAUAGUUUGGGGCCAUUCACAACUAGCUUGAGUGAUAUUAGUCCUUAUGAAAAAUGGUCCAAUGGCCCUGAAAAUAAUAUUUUCCAGAAUGGAACAGAGUCAUUUCCUGCUAUUGAAGCACCAAUGGAACUUUCUCAAAAGUUUUUAACUGUUAGUAUAUAUCCUGUGAAAUCUCAAAUUAAGAGACAAAAGAUGAUUUAUCAUUGUAAAUUUGGAGAAUUUGGUGUUAUGGAAGGACAGUUUACUGAGCCAAGUGGAGUUGCAGUCAAUGCUCAGAAUGAUAUUAUUGUUGCAGAUACUAAUAAUCACAGGAUUCAAAUCUUUGAUAAAGAAGGUCGAUUUAAGUUUCAGUUUGGUGAGUGUGGUAAACGUGAUGGUCAGUUGCUGUAUCCCAACAGAGUUGCUGUUGUUAAACCAUCUGGAGACAUCAUUGUUACUGAAAGAAGUCCAACUCAUCAGAUACAAAUUUAUAAUCAGUAUGGUCAAUUUGUUCGAAAAUUUGGAGCCAAUAUUCUUCAACACCCUCGAGGUGUAACUGUGGAUAAUAAAGGUCGUAUAAUUGUUGCUGAAUGCAAGGUAAUGAGAGUGAUAAUCUUUGACCAACUUGGUAAUGUUUUGCAAAAGUUUGGUUGUUCCAAACAUCUGGAAUUUCCCAAUGGAGUUGUUGUCAAUGAUAAACAAGAAAUUUUCAUCAGUGACAACAGAGCUCACUGUGUUAAAGUUUUUAAUUAUGAAGGUGUCUUCCUUCGUCAAAUAGGAGGAGAAGGUUUGACCAACUAUCCUAUUGGAGUUUGCAUUAAUCAGAGUGGCGAGAUUUUAGUUGCUGACAAUCAUAAUAACUUUAACAUAACAAUAUUUACUCAAGAUGGACAGUUAGUGAAUGCCUCUGAAAGUAAAGUGAAGCAUGCUCAGUGUUUUGAUGUGGCUUUGAUGGAUGAUGGAUCUGUUGUUCUUGCAAGUAAAGACUAUCGCCUAUAUAUUUAUCGCUAUGUGCAGGCACCUGGACUUGCUGCCAUUACCAUGUAAGUCUUCAUGUUCAGGAUAUUCCUGGAUUUGCCUUUAAGGAAUUUUUAUAAUAAGGAAGGGAAACUGAAUUGGAAGAAAGUUUCUUGGCAGGGUGUGAUGCUUUGAAAAAUUAUCAUGUAAUUUGUAGAUUGAAUCCUUCUGGAUAGAAUGUAUUGGUAUAUAAUAGGUAAAUUUUGAAAUAGCAUGCACAUGAAAAAGGUAGCUAAGAGUGUUUGAAAUUGUUAAGCGGUACAAGCCCUACUUUGAAUUUAUAGUUGCAGUUGUAAUUUUCAGCAUAAAUGUGAAAUAUUAGCAACGAUUUUUAUUGUAUAUAUCCUAAUCCUCAUAACAACAAUUGCUUGUUGCAAUGUGAGGGUAUGAGAAUUCUCUUAAUAGUUUUUUAGACAUACCCUCUUUUUCAAUGAGUUGUUGUUGUAAUGGAUACGGUAUGGGGAAAAAAUAGUUACUUUAAAAGUAUAUUUUUUUGCAGUUGUCAAAUGGUAUUAAUGGCCCUAGUCGUUAAAAAAAAUAAACAAAACUGCAGCUACUACUAAAGCUUCCAUCGUUUGUUCUUGAAUUUUUGUGCUGUGUUAAAAUAUAAUAAUGUUUUAACUUAUUUAUUAAAAGUCAAGUAUAACUUUUUAAGAAAACUUUAAAGCCAAAGAUGCAUUUUAAAACUUUUUCUGUGAUCUCUGUGGAGAUUGGGGCCACUUGUUGAAUACAGUUGUUGAAUACUUUUGCCAGCCUGAAUUUUCUGCCUUAAUAAAAAAUAAAAACAGAACUGCAGCAUCUCUACCUUUGCCUUUUGUGACCUGUCUCAUGUGCAAGGUCUCUGUUCUCUUCCAAUAUUCUGCGCAGGUAUUUCCUCUCCUCUUUACUCUCUUGUUACUUUUAAUGAACUUCCACAUUUUAUGAGUUCUUUUAACAUGGGUGCCAAUUUCCCUGUUACUUUUUAGUAUUUAUUGAACUGUGUGUGAGUGUUAAUUUAUACUCUAAUUGUUCUUAAUAUGAUACCUGCUGAACAUUUAAAGAUCAGUAUUGUGUAAACUGUAAAAACAAAAUUCUUCUACAUACAAUACCAAGAUCUGAUCAAUAUGAUUGUGUGUUUUUACUUCAGUGGUUUUCAAUCUUGAUAGUACUUUUGAAUGUUUUAACAUUGUGAUUUUUUUAGUUGGUAAAAGAAAAGUUUUAUCAUAUCUGUUAGUAUUUCGUAUUUAUUUUUUAAAAUCUAUACACCUGAAUCUGCACUAUAUUUAGAUAUGGUUGUUAGAUAAUGCUGAUUUGAUUAGCCACAGAAGUUUAAUUUUGUUGUGGCAUUGUUCUACUUUUACUUUCUUUUGUAAUAAUGUUUCGUCUUGUUGACCCCACACUAUACAAUCAUACAUUAAAGUGGAUGUUAACUUGUAUGUUACUCUUAAUGUGAAGAUAGAAUUUGUAUUUUUACACUGAUCUUUUAUAAUACUGUUUAAGCAUUGGCCAGUAAGCCACAAAAUGCAGAUUUUCUUUUUACCAAAGAUACUUUGUUUUAGAAUUGUUAGUAGUAAUACACUUGUAAAUGUAUGCAUUAAUAUAUUUUUGAGCUGUGUUAAGUUUUGCACUUUUGUUUUGUGUUUAUUUUAAUUGUAUUAAUUUAAUGGCAGAAAACUUAACUUAUGGUUGUGUUUUUGAUUUAUUGUUUUCUCAUUUUUGUAAAAUUAUGCUUACCGUUAUUUUUAAGAUGAUUAAUAUAAAUUCUACCUCUGAUUAGUUUUUAUAAUAAUUUGAUUUUAGUCAUUCCUUUUGUUGUUAUGCAAAUCAUUCCUUUUUCUUUUUUUGGGGAAAAAUAACGGCAGGAUUUGCUUAGCUUUUUGAUAUUUAUUUCUGUUUGUCUUUUCCUGAGAUUGAUCUCAAAUAAUAUCUGUUUAUGGUAAAAUGAGUUUAUCAUAAUAUAUUGAAUGAAUUUUUUUUAAUUUUCUUAUUGUUUAUUUUAGUUGUUUUUAACUUAUGAUUUCUUUUAGCAAAAUGUUACACUAAAGAGAAAAAAAAAAUUGGAAAACGUUGAUUUUGUUAUUUUGUGUUGUAUGAUUCAGUGCAUUUUUUUUUUUCAUUUUGUGAUGCUUUUAUUUUCAUAUAUAAUUAUUACAUCAGUGGAAAUGAAUUAAUUGUACUUUUUAUGCAAUGUUUGAGGUAUUUUCUGAUGACAGAAAUUUUUGUACAAGGCUUUUACAGUAUUGUCUGUUGUAACAAAGAAAAGUCAAAGUUACAUUGCUAAGUAUCCGAGAUUUUGGUGUUUUGAAAUGGCUUUUUUAAACUGUUGUUAUGGAGUGUUUGUGUACACAUGCAUUCAUGUAGUUUAUUUGCACUUUAAUGGAUGUCUGAAUCAUCUAUUGGCACUCUGAGGGAGUUAAUUCAAAUGAAACAAAUUUAGGUAAGUAAUUUAAAAUUACUGGUUGUUUAAGUAUGGCCUUGUAUUAUUAUUUAAAAGUAAAUCUCAAUGAGAAUAUUCAAUAUUUAAAUAUUCCAUAUAUUUUUACAACAGCUCUAUACUCUUUGCAAUGCCAGUAGUAUUUUUUUUGUUGUUGCAAAUGCAUUUGGUUUAGUAGAUUUUCAGAAUAAGUCAAAGUAAUGAAAAAUCUCAUAACUUGAAACAUUCUGUGUGAAAUGAGCAAUAUUACAUAUAUUGCAAGUUUUUAUUUAUUAAAAAAUUUGUUUAGUAAAUGUUUAAAAAAAAUAGAGCCAUUGAUAUUUCCUUUUCUCUUAGUGAGAAAUUAUGUUUUAAUUUGAAUGAAUGGCUUUUUUAAAUUAAUUUUAUUCAUAUUAGGUUUGAAAUCAUUGUUGAGAUUUUAUCAUUAAAUAUACAAGUGUGCGUUACAUGAAAAUAAAUAUUUAUUUUAAUAAAGAAGCAAAUUAAGUGCUUUAAAAAUAGUUGAGUUAUACUUGUUGUAUGCUAUUUUUAUUUAAAUUUAAGUAAUGUACUUGCCUUAACUUUAAAUAACAGUCAAUGCAUUUAUCUAAAAAUUUUAAUCUAAUUAAUAUAGAUACAUAUAAUAUGAUGUAUGCGAGUGUCCCAAUUUUUGGCUUUAAAAAAAUUUAAUAAAUUUCUAAUGUACAGUUUAAUUUAAUCAGUGUUUUGAUGUAGAUCAAAUGUUUUCAAAAUGAAUUGCUCCCUUCAGUAUGUGCUGUAAAGGGAAUAGUUAUCCCUAUAUUUUUAUUUCAUAAUUUAUUUUUUGCACAAGGCUGACCAAGCUAUUAUGAUGAAAAAAUAAACUUAAAAAUUCUGCUUGCACAAUGUUAGAACUUAUUUUUGUACACUAUUGAGACUAUUUUUUCUACAUACUUUCUGGUCUCGGUUUUGUAUCAUCCUGCAGAAUGCAACUGUUUUGUGUCAGCCGCAUGUGCAGGCUCAAUUUCCAUUUUUUCAAAAAUGGAAAACUUUUCAUUUAAAUUGUGGUUAUGCUAUUUUGUUAAUUUAUAUUUUUCAUGUUGAAUUCUAGAUGUUAAUCUUAAUAUAUUACAACAUCAUUAACCAACAUAUCUUUGUAGAAGUAGUAAUGUGUCUUUGUGUGUAGAUUACAUAUUGCCCUGGAUGUUUAGUCAUUUCAGUCAUACUGGCCAGGUUACCUUCAUUGUACAAUAUACAGUGGCUUUUUUUUUUUUUUUUUUCCUUUGAUUUUAGACUACUGAUGAACAAACGUAAUUUGCCUUGGCCAAUUUUUGAUAUUCAUGUUGAAUAUACAGAUCUGUUAAUUAUAGUGUUGGUUGCAGUGUAAGAUGCAGCAUGUUUUUGUGGAUGUGACUGUUUUCCCAUAAAACAUGUUAGAUGACCCUUUGAGCUGCAACAAUUCAAAUUUAUUCCAUAAAUAUAACCUCAAUUAAUUAGCAGUCAAUCAAUUUUUCUAUGAAUGGUUAAAAAAACCCACUAUUCUAGUUAUCAUAAUCAAUAAGGAAUCGAGGGUAAAAGUUGUUGUGCCUGUACUUACUUAGCACGAAAAUUGUGAAUUUCAUGUACUUACAAAGUUUUCAUAAAUAAUAUGCCCUUUUCGAGAGCUGCUCAAAGGGUUAAUUCUCCUAUAAUGUAUUUGUACUGAAUACAAAAAAGUAAAAACUGAAGCUUAAUGUUUUGAAAUUGCAUGUUAUGAAUUUUUGUGCAUGUGUUGGUAAUUUCUAAUUGGAAACUUCUGUAUAGUGGUACAAGAGCUUAUUACACAUUUUUAGUGUACAUUCCAUUGUUUGUAACUCUGUGAAAUAUAGUAUUAAUUGUUAAUUCUGCUUUCACAAGUAAAGCAAUUCAAAAGAAAAGAUGCUUUCCUCCUGCCCUGUUUUUCCUACUGCUGCAAAAUGUUUCGCCCAUAGCCUCAGAUUGCCUCACAAGGUGCUCGUUACAAUUUCAACCUUCAUUCGGUGCUUUAAAAAAAAUCAAUGGCAAAAAUUUCUUGCCAGAAUAAAAAAAUAAUAUUUUUCCAUAAAGCCUUAAAGUAUGAAAAUUUUGCAGGUUACAUGAGAUGGAACAUUUUAUAAUUUUCAUUCAGAACUUCUAAAAGAUUUUUUUUCCAGGGAUGCUGUUUGUCCCGGAAAAUUUUUAAGUUAUUUUAAAUAUCUCACUGUUUGUUUCCUUUACAACUAGUCAUAAUCAGUGGUGCACACUUUAAAAGUUGUUGUAUGAGCUUUUUCAUUUUGUUUAUAUUAGAACAAACUCAAUUUUGGCUAAGUUGCUUUUUGUAUGGAUUUUAAUUGGAUUGCUGUACUGUAUGAUUUUUUUUUCUUUGUUAGUCAUUCCUUUAUGUGUUCUGAUUUUAUUCACUGCCACAGUGUGAUUUUUACUAAUGUUAAGUAACUUCAGUUGGAACUUUUAAAUAUGAUAGAUGAAUUUAAUGUUUCCUAAUAUUUUAAUGUUUUUUUUUUUUUUGCUUUUUAAUUGUUCUGUAUUGUAUAUAUAAAAACUGAUAGUAAUAGAACUCAUUAUAAAUUGAAUCAAAUGCAAUUAGUUCUUUUAUAAAGAUUUAAUGCAAUUUUUGAAUUUUAAGGGUAAACGAAUUAUUUCUUUAUUAAAUUGUUAAAUAUUGUUUCUGCAACAGUUUUAUUAUUUUUAAAUGUAAUUUUGUCAAAAUAUCCAAGUAGUUCUUAUGAUUUGGUUCAAAGAAUGUGCAUCGAAAAUAGCUUUAUAUUUUAAAAAUAAGAUACUGCUGAAACGGGGUAAAAUCUAACAAUUUAACUGGUGGAUGAAUUGAUUUAUAGAUUUUAGAUGAUUAUGCUUAUUUAAAAUAGUAAAGAAAUAUAUUAUUUUUUAAAAAUAUAUGUAUUCAGUUUCAAAAAAAAAAAAAUCCAUUCCUUUAAAUUUUUAUAAUUCUAUUAAAUCUACUUCCCUUGUUGAAAGAAUGUUAUUGAUCAGAGUUAAAUAUCAAUCAAAGUAAGCAGUAUCAAUGAAAUUUUUCAAGUUGAAGCAUUGGUUGGAAACUAAAAGAUUUUUUUUUUUUUUUUAUAUAUAUAUAAUCUAUUACUACUAUAACUGAAAACAAAGGAUCCAGUAACAUGAAGCUGUUUGAUAUUGCAGAACCUUUAUUUUGAAGUAAUUACAAUAUAUUGUCACAAAGAACUUUUGUAGAUAGUGUUAUUUGUUAUAAAAUAUGCACAUUUUGAAUGUUAAAUAUUACGGUAGUAAAAAUGCCAAUUCUGAAUAUGAAUCCUGUUGCAGGCAGCACCUUAAUAAUAUGCAAAUCGAGACUCAAAGGGGAAAUUAUAUAGUUGCUUCUAAUCACAGUCAAAAAGAUUCAUAUUUAAUUUAUUUGAUAAAACAAUACAUAAUUUUUUAAAAAAAUUCAAGUUUUAACAUAAUGUGUUUGAUGUAAAUGUUUUCUGUAAGUAUUUUACUAAACGGAAAAAAUGUAAUCCUGAACGAUUGUUGGGGAGAGAAUGCCUAGAACAAGCGGGACAUCAAUCAGGAAAAUGAAACAGUAAUUUUGAAACAAUCUUUUUUAAAAAGUUCGUGAAUGUAUUAUUAUUAAAGCAAAACAUUUUAUUGCAUAUCUUCUUAGCAUCAGUAGAUAUAGUUCCAAUCUCCGAACUUGUAGACUAUGCAGUUGUUAAAACAUAAUCAAAUAUUAAUAAAUUAACUAAAUGAUCAUUGAUUGCUAUAUCAAUCAUCCUUACAUAUCAAUACUUGAAUGUUCAAUACUUUAAUAUUUAUAUCAGGUGCUCUAGUAUUUGUCGUGAAAUAGAGGAAUUAUUUGUUUUAAAAUAUUUUUAUCUCAAUUUUGUAGCAAAUGAGAAAAACUACAUGUAUUAUUUAAUUUCCAGAAUAUGAGGGAACAAAUUACAUUUUUAUACUUGAAAUGAAUAGUUUUUAAAGACGUUAUGUGCAAUUUAUUUUAAGUUUAUUAAUAUAUGUGUCAGAAUUACAUGUGAAAAGUUAAACAUUUUGGUGUAUUUAGUGUACUUCUCGUAGAUAUGAUAUGAAACAGUCGAAUUAUUUUAUAUUUAGGCUUAAAAUUUUAAUUCUUAUAGAGAAUAUUUACUUAUGAAUGAAAGGCUUGAAUUAGGAAUAUUAAUUUAUUGAGAUAGUAGCAGUUUGUGGAGAUUUUUUUUUGUAUUUAUUAUUUUUAUUAUCAGCCCACCUAAAAUAAUGUGUGCACCACUGUUUUUAAGUUAUUCUGUUAAAUUUCUACUCAGGCGUUAUUGUUAUGUUAAAUCAACUGUUAAUGUUAAGAUUUUAAAAUAAAUGAAGGUUAAAUUUGCGCAUGUGCAAAGAUCAACUCAAGUGCCAUGUUCUAAUUUCCCCAUCCUCUUUAUCAGUCAUUUUUAUUCAUCUGUUUUAACUUAUAACAUUAGAAGUUUCAUAAGAAUGUUUUUAGUGUCUUUCAUUUGUUAUUGCAUAAUGUAUUUAAAGUAUUUUUUAUUUUGCUGUAAAAGUUGACAGUGUUUUUGAUUACUUUUAAUGUUUUUUUCUACCAUUUUAGCUUUGCGGUACCAUUAAUAAAAUGUAAAAACUGAA